AUGGACAUCAAUCCAAUCCGGCAUCAAUCAGGACGCGGCAAGGGAGGCAAAGUGAAGGGCAAGUCAAAGUCUCGCUCCGGACUUCAGUUCCCCGUGGGCAGAAUUCACCGUCUGCUGCGUAAGGGCAACUACGCCGAACGCGUCGGUGCUGGCGCUCCUGUCUACCUGGCAGCCGUCAUGGAAUACCUCGCUGCAGAAGUUCUGGAGCUCGCCGGUAACGCCGCACGUGACAACAAGAAGACCCGUAUCAUCCCACGUCACUUGCAGUUGGCCAUCCGCAACGACGAAGAACUCAACAAACUUCUGUCUGGCGUAACCAUUGCACAGGGAGGUGUUCUUCCAAACAUUCAGGCAGUUCUUUUGCCAAAGAAGACAGAGAAGAAGUAA